AUGAUGCUCUUUUGCACAAUUCUCCUGCUUGCCGCCGGCCUGACCGCCGCCACAUCCGUGCAACGCGCCGCCGGCUGCUCAGGCUUCGCCGGCACCUGCGGCCGGGCCUUUGCGCGCAACGGCACGUCGGGCCGGCCCGACGCCGACAUGGCCGUCUACGCGACGUACUGCCUCGACAUAGCGGGCGAGCGGCACUACAACCCGGCGGUGCGUAUCAACGACUGCUUAGGAAAUGCGUUUGGGCGUCUGACGGGCGGAAAGGGGUUCGCGUAUAGCUGCCGUGACUUUGGCAUCGAUCCCAUCGGGACGCCCAACGUCUUCAAGGCGACGUGCGCUGAUGGUGGCGGCCACGAUAAGCAGACGGAAAUCAAUCUAACCGUCAUGGCGGUCAAGACCCUCUGA